AUGCUGACGAUUGCUCUGCUGUUUGCCAUUGCCUUUACUUUCGUGCUUUACCUUUUCAUAUCCUCUAUUUAUACAAGGCGUCGCCAUGCUACAGUCGCACAGCAGCUCGGCUGUCGGCCAGCACCCAAAGAAUACCUCCCGGAUCCACUGGGACUUGUGAACAUGUACAAGCUCCUGCGGGCAAACAGUAAGAAUGAAGUCCUCGAGUACAUCCGAGGCGUGUUCGACGAUGUGUCGCUACGCACGAACAAGACAGUCUAUUCUUACGACACGUCCAUGCUCGGCGACCGGGUGUUCUUCACGUGCGACCCGAGGAAUAUCCAGGCCAUUCUGGCCACUCAGUUCAAGGAUUUCGAGCUGGGGAAAAUCCGCACGGGCGCGUUUGCUCCAUUACUUGGCCACGGCAUCUUUUCGGCAGAUGGCAAGCAAUGGGAGCACUCUCGCGCUCUGUUACGCCCCCAAUUCUCUCGUGAUCAGGUCAAGGACUUGGAUCUGGAGGAGAAGCAUGUCCAAAACUUGCUCAGAACACUUCCCGUGGCAGCGGACGGUUGGACGAGCACCACUGACAUCCAACCCCUGAUCUCCCGAUUCACCAUGGACUCGGCCAGCGAAUUCCUCUUUGGAGAGAGCACAAACAUUCAACUAUCUGCGCUCUCCGAGGAGGCCGCGGCCAAAAAUGCCGAAGACCGCGCCUUUGUGGAAGCUUUCGAGGCUUGUCAGGACCGCAUGGCCAAGGCGCUCUUGCUGAACGAAUUCUACUCGGUGGUCCUGACCAAGAAGCAUGAGGAUGACUGUCGAUUGUGCCAUCGCUACAUCGACCGAUUUGUGCACAAAGCUCUGGGUCGCGAUAGAAAGCAAGAUCCUGUUGGCGAGAGCAGCAAAAAGGAAAAGUACGUCUUCCUCGAAAGCCUCGUCAGUGAGACUCGAGAUCCUAUCGAGAUUCGAAACCAGCUUCUGUCAAUUCUGCUGGCCGGCCGCGACACCACCGCGUCAUUGCUGAGCUUCUUGUUCCUCAUGCUGGUCCAACAUCCCGAGAUAUUUGACAAGCUACGAUCAGUCAUCAUCGAAGACUUUGGAUCCUUCCAUUCGCCCAAAAACCUCACUUUUACGGACUUGAAGGCGUGUUCCUACUUACAGUGGUGUAUCAAUGAGACCUUGAGGCUUUACCCUAGCGUACCGCUUAACGGGCGGCGGUGCGUAAGAGACACCAGCCUACCAUUCGGCGGUGGCGAGGACGGCCUUUCGCCCGUUUUCAUACCGGCCGGGACAGAGAUCGCCUAUCUCGUGUAUGUGAUGCACCGGCAGUCGGACUUCUGGGGCCCAGAUGCGGAUACUUUCAGGCCGGAGCGGUGGCAGAAUCACAAGUAUGGCUUCGAAUAUCUGCCGUUCAACGGCGGGCCAAGAAUCUGUCUCGGACAACAGUUUGCUUUGACAAAGGCUGCAUACGUGACGGUCCGCCUCCUCCAGCGCUUCGACCAGCUCGAUGGAUCGAACUUGUCGCCGGGGCCGAUCAAAUGGGCCGUCACCUUGACUGGCAAGCCCAAAGACGGGGUCAGGCUGCGACUGCAUGCCGCAGCUGAACGUCGAUCUGAAGCAAUAGAUGCAUAA